AUGGACAACUUAAAAGAUAAAGUGCUUAAAAAUCCUAUGUUGCGUGAUGUAUCAGCUAAGAUUGGUACCACACCAGAGAAUGUUAUUAGUGGUGUAUUUGUAUUCUUUAUUUCACUGUUCUACAGAUUUACAUUUGGAAAGUUACUUAAUAAUUUGUUGUGUGUUUACUUACCUGUCCAGGAGGCUGUUGUCUUGUUACGAUCCCAAACUACAAGAGUAUCUGAUCUUAACCGUGUUGUUAUUGUCUUUAUUAUUUACGCUUUUGUAACUGUCAUAGAGCCUUUUGCUUCCACUGCCAUUCCUUUCUACGGUUUAGUUAAAAUUGCUUUAAUGACUGUUGUUUACAAAAAUGACAGUGCCCGAUCUACUAUUAGAACUGUUGUUAUUGACAGUAUUCCUGACAAAAUUUGUUGUAGUAAUUCUUCUAUCGAGAAGGCUCAAGCUGCUGCUAACAAACUCAACAACCAGAUUAAGAACAAUUUGAAACCUUCUCCUGCCACUACUAAUGUUAAAGACAAUUUAAAGAAGGUGGAGUAA